GAGCUGUUGACCGAACGAGUGUUACAGUACCGACGGGUCCUAAAACCCCGCACCGUGGAUGCUGCUGGACACCGGCCAUUUGCCCCCCAAGUCAGAGCCGGAUCUGAAGGGAUCCGCUGAGGCCUCCGCCAGUGGCUCCGCUGGGAUGAGGUGUUAGAAACAACUGCUCUCUGUCCCAACUCGGCCCCUGGACAACGCAUGGUGGAGAGCACGGCCUCCACGCAGGUGCACUGACACCGCCCACCUCCCCCUCCCCCGUCAGGUCCACCUGGCAGCGGUUACCGCGACGAUGAACUCUCAUAGCCGCUCAGGUGGCUUGACCAGCAACGAGCAGCCCGUGGAACUUCUCAAACCAGCUGCACUCACCCAUUUCGUGGACGUGAGCUCGGCAGCACUGCCCAUGCAGGGGCCCCCCACCACCACAGCCAUCCUUCCAAUGGACCUGCGCGUAGUGGACCACCACCACCACCACCCCCAUCACCAUCAUCACCACCACCACCAGCAGGCCGCCUUCAGCAUGGGACCCCAACCCCACCCUACGCCGCCUAUCUCCACGGCCUGCCCCAUGCCCUCCGAUCCAGGCCGCGGGCCGGUUAUUAAUCAGCCGGAGCUGCAGCAGGAGCUGGUGACGCUCAAACACAAGCAGCAGCUCCAGCGGCAGCUCCUGAUCGCCGAGUUCCAGAGGCAGCACGAGCAGCUGUCGCGGCAACACGAGGUCCAGCUGCAGGAGCACGUCAAGUCUUGUGUCUCUCUCCACCAGCACCAACAGGAUCUACUGGCACUCAAGCACCAACAGGAGCUGUUGGAGCACCAGAGGAAGAUGGAGCAGCAGCGUCUCGAGCAGGAGAUGGAGAAGCAGCAGCGGGAACACAAACUCCUCCAGCUGAAAAACAAGGAGCGGGGACAGGAGAGUGCAGUCGCCAGCACGGAGGUCAAGAUGCGGCUUCAGGAGUUUGUCCUGAACAAGAAGAAGGCCCUGGCUCAGCGGAGCCUCAACCACCGUCUGCCCAGCGACCCGCGCUUUUGGUAUGGAAAAACCCAGCACAGCUCUUUGGACCAGAGUUCUCCUCCCCAAACAGCCCUGUCAGCGUACACCCACCCGAUGCUGGGCACAUACGACUCAAAAGACGACUUCCCUCUGCGCAAAACAGCCUCAGAGCCCAACCUGAAGCUUCGCUCCCGGCUAAAGCAGAAGGUGACGGAGCGCCGCAGCAGCCCUCUUCUCCGGAGGAAAGAUGGCCCCGUAACUACCGCCAAGAAGCGCUCCCUCGACGUGGCUGAGUCCGCAUGCAACAGUGCACCGGGCUCAGGUCCCAGCUCCCCCAACAACAGCUCCAGUAACAUCCCUUGUGAGAACGGGGUAAAUAUCUCCUGCAGCCCAGGAGAGGCCUCUCUGCUUCAGAGGUUGGCUGCAAGGGAGGGUUCAGUCAGCCAGCUGUCCCUCUACACCUCCCCUUCUCUGCCCAACAUCACCCUGGGACUCCCAGCCACAGGGCAGGCCAGCUAUGUGGGGUCAGCACACCAAGAUGGCGAGAGUCGUCUGGCGCUGCCCGCGCUACAGCAGGGGAUCCCUCUGACCCGUCCGUUCCUGCCCACGGCCCACCUGCCUUCCUACUUGGCGUCUUCGGCGCUGGACAGGGAGGGGGGCGGAGGGGGUGUGGCUGGUCACAACCCCCUUCUCCAACACAUGGUGCUGAUGGAGCAGAGCCACAAUUCGAUGGUAGGUCUGGCCGGCCUCCCGCUGCCCCCCCCCUCCGUCUCCAAACUCGCCCGUGGCCACCGCCCCCUUGGCAGAACCCAGUCGGCCCCUCUCCCCCAGCAGCAAUGUGGACAGGCCCAGGCCCUGCAGCAGCUGGUGGUCCAGCAGCAACACCAGCAGUUCCUGGAGAAACACAAACAACAGUUCCAACAGCAGCAGCACAUCAUCAACAAGAUCAUGUCCAAGCCCGGUGAUCAGGUGUCGGCCGCGAGCUCCAGCGCCUCGGGGCCGGCCAGGCAGCACCAGAGUCACCCUGAGGAGACGGAGGAGGAACUCCGGGAGCACCAGGAGCUCUCCCUCGCGUCCUUCUCAGCCUCUUCUUCUGCGUCGGCGCAGGAUUCGGGGCGAGGGCUGGUCAUCAAGCAGGAGCCUCCCGACCCCCAGGAGCAGCAGCAGCAGGAGGAGAGGCUGGUGGAGCAGGACUUCCUGUUCCGACAGCAAGCUCUGCUGUUGGAGCAGCAGCGGAUCCACCAGCUGAGGAACUACCAAGCCUCCAUGGAAGCAGCCGGGUUGUCGGUGAGCUUCGCCGGACACCGUCCCCUCUCCAGAGCCCAGUCGUCCCCUGCCUCCGCCUCCUUCCCCAUGGUGGUUCAGGAGCCGCCCGCCAAGCCUCGAUUCACAACAGGCCUGGUGUAUGACUCUUUGAUGCAGAAGCACCAGUGCAUGUGCGGCAACACCACCAGCCAUCCGGAGCAUGCUGGACGGAUCCAGAGUAUCUGGUCCCGCCUUCAGGAAACUGGCCUCAGGUCGCACUGCGAGUGCAUCCGCGGGAGGAAGGCCUCGCUGGAGGAGUUGCAGACGGUCCACUCUGAAGCCCACGUCCUGCUCUACGGAACCAACCCGCUGCGGCAGAAACUGGACUGUUCAGUGAGUCCCAUGUUUGUGAGGUUACCGUGCGGAGGCAUAGGGGUGGACAACGACACCAUUUGGAACGAGGUCCAUUCAUCCAGCGCGGCUCGUCUGGCCGUCGGCUCGGUGGUGGAGCUGGUGUUCAAAGUAGCGUCGGGGGAGCUGAAGAACGGUUUCGCUGUAGUUCGACCACCUGGACACCACGCUGAGGAGAGCACACCUAUGGGCUUCUGUUACUUCAACUCAGUCGCCAUCGCAGCCAAGCUGCUGCAGCAGAGACUCAAUGUCAGCAAAGUCCUCAUCGUAGACUGGGAUGUUCACCACGGCAACGGCACCCAGCAGGCCUUCUACGCAGACCCCAACGUUCUCUACCUUUCACUGCAUCGCUACGACGACGGGAACUUCUUCCCCGGCAGCGGAGCGCCCGACGAGGUGGGCAGUGGAGCUGGUGUAGGCUUCAACGUGAACAUGGCCUUCACCGGAGGACUGGAGCCUCCCAUGAGUGAUGCAGAGUACCUGGCUGCUUUUAGGACGGUGGUCAUGCCCAUUGCCAACGAGUUCGCUCCAGACGUGGUCCUGGUAUCCUCGGGCUUCGACGCGGUGGACGGACAUGCCCCCCCCCUGGGAGGGUACAAGCUGACGGCCAAAUGCUUCGGCUACCUGACCAGGCAGCUGAUGAGUCUGGCAGGCGGUCGGGUGGUGCUCGCCCUGGAGGGAGGUCACGACCUCACAGCCAUAUGUGAUGCCUCCGAAGCCUGCGUCUCGGCUCUGCUUGGGAACGAGUUGGACCCCAUUCCUGAGGAGGUGCUGCAACAGAUACCAAAUGCCAAUGCUGUCCGCUCUAUGGAGAAGGUUCUGGAAAUACACAAUAAGUACUGGCGCUCGCUGCAGCGCUCCGCCCCCACGGCGGGCUGCUCGCUGAGCGAAGCCCUGAGGCGGGACGCCGAGGAGGCGGAGACCGUCUCCGCCAUGGCCUCGCUGUCCGUCGCCAACAAGCUGGUUGGAAAGAGGGCUGAAGAGGAACCCAUGGAAGAGGAAGCUACCAUGUGAAGGAACAUUGUUUUUGCUCUUUAUAUUUGACAGUGUCCUCACCCAGUCAGUGUCAAUAGGAAUGGUUCUCCCGCGUCUCACCCCCCGCCUCACACAGGUGGCGCGUUAUUGUGGGGGGGUAAGAGCGCUGGGAGGCGGUGCUUGGAAAACCGGACCACUGAAGACGAGCGACGCGUUGGCUGAUCGGCAGUGCACGGACUGAUCGGCGUGCAGGUGUUGCAUUGUCUCCUCGAGACUUUGGAUGUAAAAGGAACGACUCAACCGCACCACAAUGAGACCUCCAGUGCUUUAAGAACACUACACAUGAUGUACUUUUCAAAUGCAAAUAAGAACCGAUCCGUCGCCAUCUACCUUUCUUAUUGUUCUGUUCUUUCUGCUCUUUGUCGUCACCUUCACACCUUUCGGAGCUCUUGUGAUUGUGACUCAUCGAGGAGGGAGGAGUCGUCUCUGCUCCUUCAAGGUAGCUGGACCAAGGGAAGGAAGUGCUCAAAUCUGUUUGAAGAUUCCAGGUGAGGUCAGCAGGUGUCCUGAUUCCAAAAUGACUGACAUUGAAAGACUGCGUGUCCGUGCCUUUUUUUUUUUUUUUUCAAACCUGGUGGAUUUUCUGUUUAACUCUACUGAAAGAGCUAUGCCUUAAAAAACAGGUUUUGGAACGAGGCGUCUUUUCUCCAUUCCCUUAAACAUUUCUCUCCUUUCAAGACAUUCAGCGCCUGCAUGUUUUGGCACAUAGACUGGAGUACCUUUGCAUGUUAACCUGUAAUUCCCAGUAAGCAGCCUGCUGUCUCCCUAUGUACCUCCACCUUUCCUUCUUUUAAAUAAUAUUAUGUCAGAAGGUAUAGUUCCAGGCCGCGAGUUGGAGGUGGUUCAGUUUCCAGGUUGAACUGGUAUUACUCAGUGGAACCUUAAGAUACACGUUGGGCCGACCCCCCCUGUGCUGUGACCCGUUAAUGUUCCUUCAAAUCUCACCAUGAAUUCCAUACAUUGCACGUGAUGAAUCAGUCCACAGGUUCAGUGGUGCGUAAUGGGCGGGCUUUGGGGUCUCCAUGGCAACUGGCCCAAUCAGACUGGGAUCGUCUGUUAGGCGCCGUGCUCUGAAACGGAUCAUCUGAGUCAUUAUCAGAAUCAGUCUGACUUCCUGCAGCCUGAUGAGGAAGAGAGAGGAAUAACUAUUACCUCACAUGGGCCGCCCUCGCUUUAAAACAACUGCGUCCCAGUGGCAACGAUGACAAAACCACCUGGCAUAUUCCAGAGGGGGGGGGGGGGGGUGAAACCACAGCUGGUUUAACAUCUUUAGUCCCCACACAUCUGCUCCCCAAAUGUCAGGCGUUAUGAGGCAGGUGUGUGCACAUCUGUUCAAUACAGUGGAGCACAAGCUGCUCUUUCUAAACAUUCUAGCAUAGACGCAUAUUUUUAUAGUUUUAUUCAUCUCUGUGGGGGAAAAAGCCCGUAGGAAAUAUCCACGGAACCUUGGAAAGGACGUGUAGCUCAGAUUCUGCCUUAGAUGCUGAAUCCUUGCAUUAAAUCUAAAAUAUAUAUAUAUCAAUAUCCAUUUUUUUCCUGCUGGCCUCUAAAGAGUAUUUGAAUAAAUGUAGAACUUGUUUCUAAAACAUUGAGCAUUCCCUUCCAGACAAAGUCAAACUGAACUGCCUGUAGGAGCAGAAGCAGCACAGCAGCCACUAAGCGAUACGCGUCCAAGCUGAUGUGGAAGACUGGAACCACCUCCCCAACGUGUGAGCUACUCGUGCUGAGUGGGAGGGGGGGGGGGGGGGGGGUGCUGUGGUGUUUACUGUUGUUUACUGUACAUAGGACACCAAUAUCUACAGUAUUCCUGCCACACACGUUUGUCUAUGACUACUCUGCUUUUGUUGAUUUUAUUCUUUUUUCCUCCUUUGUAUUUUUGUGUCUUCUUUUUGUACCUUUUCAUGUUGUUUUGUUCACGUUCCCCUCUUGUCGCCGUCUUUCUGUUACAGUGUAAAACUGACAUACUUCACAACAGGUGAGGGUUCACAUCCCGUUUUUAGUGGACAUUACGUGACUACGUUGUUGUGGGACGGUUGGGAUACAAACGUUUCUACUUUGUAUAAUGAUGGACAAUUGUGUAUUUACUGUCUGUUCAUAGUAGAUUUAUAUAUGAAAAGAAAUGAGUAUAUAUAUAUAUAUAUCUAUACAUAAUGAAAUCCUAUGGUCUUGUUUUUGGUAUUGAAUAAUGAUACUUUUCAUGGGCCAUGCGGUCAGUCGUCUCUUUUUGAGGUGUCACUGGAGGCUCCAUUUACUGUCCUUUGCUACAGUUGGUUACACGUUUAGUAGAGUUUUACUGGUUGUCCUUUUGUCUUAGGACACCGACGACUAGUUUUUGGCUUCAUCCAUCCCGUUGGUACCAUAACACUGUUACAGUACACUGUCCGCUCGGCCUCACGUUCAGGCACAUAUUCCUAUUAUUCCACUUGUUCUUACCUUUAUGUGUGUAGAUAUAUUUUGUACAAAAACACAUUCUCACUACCACUUAUAAAGUUUCAGUAUUUUUAGGAAAUGUGAGACUGUAUGCAUCUAUAAGUGUCCAAAGGUUUCUUCCUCUAUUGUCAAGGUUUACAAGUUCAACCUCCAACCCAAAAAGAAAAAUGAGAUAGGUGUAUUUGAAUUGGAAUGUGGCCAUGCUAUCCCCCUACGUUAAAUCACCCCAAUGGGCCUCACAAACGACUUCAAAUGAUCAUCACUUAUUUUCUUAUCUGGACAAAAGCUUUAAUUGAACUCGGCAUUCCUUAAAUCCGUUUGACGUGAGUAACGUCGUCCUUUAGCUCAGUGAUGACUCUGCGUUUGUUCAGCAAAUACAAGACAUCAAAGGUUCCGUGUCCUCUGUCCUCACAGAACCCUGCGCCAAUGUUUCUAACAGCAUCCACUCGGGUCUCACAGGAACAUGAUUACAAUACCAUGAUGACCGAUUGUCUAUCAGUCUCAAACUUUCUAAUUUGGACAGAAUGUAUCUGACCUCUACUGGCAGGGGUCGCUCUGCCAACGCACCUUUAAUGUCACGCAUCCCUAAAUCCAAUCUACAAGCAUUGCUUGCAGUGAAUUGUUCGCCACAAAGUUGGUUCGCCCCUGAGACAUCGAAGGUCCAGACAUUUGCAGACGGGCGGUAUUGUGCAUCACAUUGUUAUUUAGUAUCAAACACCACUUACUGAGGUAUUCUUGGUUGUUUGGUGCCCAGGACUGUUGUGAUACUACAUGCUUAUGAACAUAUUUGUGGUUGCAAUGUGAAAAUAGAUAUAGUCAGGCUACCCUGAAUAUUACCUUCACUUGGAUGGGCUCACAUAUAAACCCACUUUUCAGUAACACAGUCCCAGACCCAUUGUGCAGCAGGGCCAGUUGUGGUUUCUUUUGCUGAAUGUUUUGGUUUAGGAGGCAAAGCUCGCUCUGUCCGGCCACCUGUCUUCACUGUUAGUCUUAAUACGAUCUCCAGUACCACAAAAUAAACCCAAAAUCUGCAACAUUCCCUCAUGUUAGUGUCUGUGUACCGAGAGGGGGCCGUAUCUUUUAUCUUUUGGUUUUCACCUUCAUAAUUUGGUGCGUCUGUUGAGUUCGGUGGCCCGACUCCAUUCCUCUCUCUGCACGGUGUGUGUGUGUGUGUGUGUGUGUGUGUGUGUGUGUGUGUGUGUGUGUGUGUGUGUGUGUGUGUGUGUGUGUGUGUGUGUGUGUGUGUGUGUGUGUGUGUGUG